GCACCAGGGCCAGGCUGAGGAAAAUUCAGCAGCCAUACUUGCCCAAGUGUCCAUACCAAUAAAAGAAGGGACGGGCAUAUAAAACACCAAAGCUAGAGAUCGUCACCGAGAGCGUGAGCGGCCGCCUAUAGUCGGAGACAGCCAAGAAAGAACACGCGCGAGGUACAGACGCACGGAGAGCGAGAUAUAGUAGGCAGCCAGAGAGCAAACGACAUGGCCGACUACCACGGUCAGCCGGACGGGGACGGGCGGCUGCCGGGGGGAGGCGGGGCGUUGGGUGAGGAGAUCAAGGAGCAGGACCGGCUGCUGCCCAUCGCCAACGUCGGCCGCAUCAUGAAGCAGAUCCUGCCCCCAAACGCCAAGAUCUCCAAGGAGGCCAAGGAGACCAUGCAGGAGUGCGUCUCCGAGUUCAUCAGCUUCGUCACCGGCGAGGCCUCCGACAAGUGCCACAAGGAGAAGCGCAAGACCGUCAACGGCGACGACGUCUGCUGGGCCUUCGGCGCGCUCGGCUUCGACGACUACGUCGACCCCAUGCGCAGGUACCUCCACAAGUACCGCGAGCUCGAGGGCGACCGUGCCGCCGCCGCCGCGUCCUCACGCGGCGGCGCCCCCCCGGACCACCCCGCCUCCAGCUCGGCCGCCGCCGCCGGCGCCAGCGGCAGCGGUCAUUUCAUGUUCGGUGCCAUGGACAGCAGCGACAACAACAGCUCCAGGCAGCUUUAAUCUUUCUAUCGAUGAAGAGUUAUUUCUACUCAUUUUUUGAGAGGUGAGUCGUAAGCUAUAAAUGUAUUCUUGUUAGUGGCACCAUUAGGAGUAACUAGCAACGAGUAUCCGAUCCAAUAGCUAGAGUAGUGGUUUUGCUUCUGAUCUGGGGUGUAUUAUUGAUGUGAUAAGAGCCGGUAUCAUAGAUUGAAACGCCGGGAACGAAGAUUAUGGCGAAGGCGAAGACGUGCCGGAGGUGCAAAUCGAUUGAUUCGGUCUCAUUUGGUGUGAAAAUGUUUGUGAAGCAGUUCUGCACUUCAAAAGGCGGUUUAAUUUCAGUAUUUUUGUAGCCCGGUAAGAAUAUCCUAGAUUCGAAAUUAUCGAUGUACUUGGUUCCUACUUCAAUUACUUCUUAGAGAGUUCGUUGGUACUAGGUAGCUUGCUAGCUCAGACAUAUAUGCUGUGUAAGUUUCUGAAUCUUGAUGAGCAACUUGACAGUAACACCCCGACCACUUCGGUGCGGUUAGAUGCUGAUUCAUGCAAAUCAUUACACAUUACUCUCUUUAAGCGCUGAAUUUGUGCUAAGGUAUUGGUAUUCUUGCAUCAUCUUGUACGUUCAUUAUCAAAUUUGUUGUUCUGGAAAUUAAUGGUUGAUUCUGACUCAACUGUGUAAUAGAACAAUGCGCGCAUUUUCUACGCUGCCUCCACUAAAGGUAAAAUUAAUUGCUUGCAUAGAUUAAUCCUCUUAAAAGCAAUCAAGUGAGAAUCAAAACGGAGGGAUUUGCACGAUAUAUUUGUAUUUGUUCAAUAUUAGAGACUUACCUAGACAUAUAGUAUAUCCAUUUUUUGUGAUUUUUCAUGUGAUUGUAUCAUAGGAUAAAUUAUCGGAAUUUUAAGUACUCAUAGCAAUUGGCAUGCCUGUUUCAUCACUCUCAGUGGUGCAGUCUUAAAUGCUCGUAGGACACAGAAAUUGAUGUUUCUUUAACCACUGACAUCAUAAAUGGAUACAUGUCCAGAAUCGAUCCAGUACUUGCAUCAGAAACAUUAUGUUCAUUCUUUUCUGCUUGUUUAAACUGAUUUUGUCAUCUAGAUCUAGUUAAAGAUGUUAAUUAGUCUAGUUGUUGCAAAUGAACUAUGGAGCGCCAGUUGACCUUUUAAAGGACUCAUAAUAUAUUGUCACUUUGUGUACGGUGCGGUAAUAGGAUAUGCGUUUGAUCUAAUCUAUUCGAUUUUUGGUACCCGACGUUAUAUAACCUACGAACCAUAUGUGUAGUACCAUUGCUAAAUAUAAUUAUUUGCACCAAAUAGGUUAAAUGUAACGCAAAUCAACAUGUAUACAUGCAUGUCUAUAAGGCAAUUUAGGUGAGUGCAUGAGUCUUAAUUUGUGUGGCCUUGCAAAGUUUUAUCAUUACUAUAGCCAGAUUCAUUCAGUUGCCGCAGUCAUAUAGUAUCAUAGUUACCUGAGACUGAGAGAUGAUCUUACCAUUUUAUACAAGGUAACUGACGAGUGCCUACACAUUGUUGGUAACGACCUCAAUCUCUAAUUCUAUUGCGAUUGGCAAUUAUGAUCUAUAUGCAUAAGAAGGUAGUGGUUGUUGCAGGAGUUUCAUGAAUUUAUUUGGAUAAACAAUUUUGUUACAUAAGAUGUAAAAUGAUUAUUAAUAGAGAAAUUCAAAACUGUUUUGCCAUUUUUCCUGUGUUUUAAUUUGUAAAUAAAAGGUUAAUUGUGCUUUACUUGUUGUUUUCCUUUUUUUUACGGAAAUCACUAUGUUGCAAUGUGGGGUUCUCAUAAAGAUUUGUCGAGUCUUAGCUGAGCUACCCAGUUUCAUCGCCAAUCGAUCUACAUUGGUUCUAUAGGUGCUACAAUGGUUCUGGUCUAAGUUGAGCUGCUACUCAAAUAAUAUUGCAACUUUUAUCACCAAUCUACUCUUCUUUCUGUCGGUAAUUCGGUACCAUGCACAUUGGUUGUUCUACUAUAUAUGUCUGGUUUCUCAAGCCUUCUAUAUUUUCUACUACAUAUCGGGGACCAUAUUUCGUGCAAAUAAUUGUGAAAUGAAUCUGUUCGUGCUUGCUAGUGGCUAGGUGGACCUUCGAGUAAUAAUAAUAGUAACUGCUGAAAUAACCAGGAUUCAGAAAUAAAUACUCUAGUACUAGUCGUAAUUGCUUAAUUUAAUCAGUAUGCAAACGUUGGCAUUGUCGCAUAUAAUUGUCGCUAACUUGUCAAACCAACCAGAGUACACCACUAUUCGCUCUCUCAACAGACUUCAUGUUCUCCGGAUAGACCUUCCAGCUCCAAAACAAAAGGCAGAAUAUCACCACCGAGACAAAACUGCAUGUCUAGUGUAUAGGCCAGUGGCAUUUGGUUUACCCAACUUGCAGCAAAAUCACAAUAUAUGUGAGCGCCUCUUUAGCUAUAUAUAGUUAGAUGCAUACAUUC